AUGAGCGUUCGUAUACUAAGUCUUAAUGAUCUAUUUGUUCCAUUCGAACAUGAUCUCUUUAUUAAAAUAUCUCGAGCUUUUCCAUUAAUUAAUGAAUUGAUAUUAUUAAAUAUAUGUGAACAGCAAAAGAAAUUAACAGAUCAACUCAAUGAACAUGAACAAACAUGUUCAAUUAUUGAGUAUUCACAUCGUGUAAAACUCAGCCUUAAUAUGGUACACAUUGACUAUGUUAAACAAUUUCUAUUUAAUACAAAGACGUGUUUACCUCAUCUUAAUACUUUAUAUGCUAAGUAUGACGAUUUGAUGACUAUAACAGAAAAUUUUACAAAUGAUGCUGCUCGUGACAACUGCGCAAAAUUGAAAAGCAUUAUUUUUGAUUCAAUACCAAUAGUAAUAUUUUCAAAAAACUUCUAUCUUUAUUUUCCAUUAUUAUAA